AAAUUGGAGGCGUAGGACUAUCUUAAACGUGAGUAACCACCAAGUUCGUCCAAACAGUUCGUUUGUGACUUCUGUAGGUAUACGGCGGCACCGUCUGGUGACAGAAACAUGAAGACUGCAGCCGUACUUGUGGUUCUGGCUGUGCUGGUGGCGUUCGUGUACGCCGGGGAAGUGAACGAAAUACUUCAGAGUCAGCUUGAGAAGCGAGACUUGGACAACUUGGAGAAGAUUGCGAGCGGAAACAAGGAGCUAUUUGAUGACUCUGACUUUCGUUUGGAAGCCGCGAAGACUUUUAAGAGGAUCAAGCGUGCUUCCAAGACCAUGACUCCUGAAGACUACCAGAAACUGCGUCUCAGUGUGGCGAAGUUUGCCGGGCAAGACGGUGCAAGGAAGAUCAUGGCUUUCUCCAAGAUGCUGAAGAAGAAGAAGUAAAGCGGGACGAUUCAGAACGAGAGCAGCAAACUUUGAUGACGAUAAGCACGUCCUCGAAUGUCACGCUAGCUUUAGUCCGCUCGUUAAACUACCCUCGAAUGUCACGCUAACUUUAGUCCGCUCGUUAAUGUGCGGGUUGGAAUGAUCAUUAAGUCUCCCCCUUCUUGUUAGGCGCACUCUUUUACUCGGUCCGCUUUCUUUCUCUUUAAAAAAAAAACUGGGCUAAUAAAGUUCAAAACUAGCCCAAAUGCCCCUAAAGUUACCCUUUUCGCUUAACACUACAAGUAUGAUAACAUUGCAGGACUUCUAUUGCUACAGAUAUGACUCGCUACUUCUCGUAAGUCGGCAUCAUCUGUUCGUAUAACCAUUGCUGCAAUAUCGUGA